GCUGGCCGAGCCAAAUCUCCAGCAGAGCCAUCACUAAACUGGAUCCAAUCCGCCAGAUCAGGCGUCUGUGUUGAGCUGCUCAAUUCUCGCUUCUUCCUCGAUAACAAGCCAGAAAACCUAUUGCCGGCUGUUGUAGUCUUGCGGUUGCGAGGUGAAGCAUUGCCCUCGGGACUGCCACGACUAUUCCUCCGUACCAAUCCUCUCCCAGUCUCUAGUAUUCUGGUUCCCAAACCAGCUUUAGACGAAGCGCUGUUACUGUGUGAGAUCGGUGCUUCGGGGUCUCCUUGCGCAAGGGCGUGCUGGCGAAUCUUUUCGUCAAAGCUGCUGUCGGAAAUGUUGCUUCGGAGCGACCGGGCACCAAGGCCCACUGACAAACCGACCCUAUCCUCACCUACCGCAUCCGUGGAUUUGCUUGUCAUUGUCCUGCGAUGUUGGGUCCCGAGUGCUCCGACACCAGGCAGCUUUGACGUGUUCUUCUCGCUGGAUUCCCGACGUGAGCGCCAUGUUCGUGGCGCGGGACUUGGGGAUCCUCGGGCUGCGGCCUCUUCCUCUUCUGUGGCCAAGCGGUAGGCAUCUUCCAUCGUAAAUUUGCCUCGAUGUUGGGCAAGGCGAGGAAUUCUUGUGUUGUUCGGCGAGCCAACUCGGCUCUCAGCGGGCGCGUCGGCACCGGCAGGUCGGGUUCCAUCAUCAUUGAGGUUUGGACGAGAGAAUAGACUCCUCCGCUUGGAAGCGCUUGUAAUCGUGAGCGGGGCGAUCGCACGUGUCGUCUGCGCAAACCGGUGGUCGGGUUUGUCCUUGUCGCGGUCCAUGGUGUUGCGCCUCAGAGUAGGUAGGUAGGCCAAGUGUCCGAGUGUGAGAAGGGCGAGGGACAGGGUGAAUUGGUCAGAUGCUGGACGGAGAGGCAGCGCGCCCUUGAAGUAUCUGUAUGUGCCCCUAUAUGUAUCGUCGAAAUGAUUGAUGGUUGGGCGACAAGGGUUGAGGCGCGAAUGCGUUGUCACAAAGAAAGCUCGACCAGAUGAAUCAUGACAAGGCGCGGAACACAUGAGCUGGAAUUUGAACUGCGCGGGCGCGCAUGGCGGGAAUGACAGUUGUAAUUGCAGCCCAAUUGUCAAGUGAGAGCCAUGGAAUCUUCAAGGCUGCUUGCCAAACUGGACGUGGAUGGCUUGGCGCGUCGACGUAUCCACCCCAUGCAGGGCUGGCCGUGCUGGCCUGCGCUAGCGCCGUGAGGCUGUCCUGGUCCCCCGCAAUGCCGCACCCCGUCCCGCCUUGCACUCUGGGCUGGCUUCCGCAUUGGCGGGUCGUUUCAAAGUCUGACCAUUUGAUCCCACAAACAUCUACAUAUGAUGAAGACCGGGCACCGACAAGCCCGAGCCCUCGGGCCGUGUGAAAGAUACUCUUCAUCGAGGCACGCCCUCGGCUUUUACAAGUGCGUGAUCAAUACUUGUCGUUACACAGUCCCCACAUCCGGAGUUCAAGGCCAGUCUGUCUAUGAGGUGUUUGAGAGAGCUCUCGCCAGCGUGGUUCUUGACAUUCCGUCGCUGAGGGUGGGUAUAAAAGAUGAGGAAACAUCCAGUCCAUAUUUUGUAUUCCUAUCAGCCAUCAACCUCCACUUCCACCUCGAAUACCACGAGGUAUCGAAGGACCUCGACGUUGAGCUUAUCCAAAAACUGGAGCAUCAACACGAUCAAUACUUUCCUGAUAUCUCGAGCCGGCCUCCGUGGAAGGUGAUCAUUGUUUCCACCCCUCAUCCAGCAAAUGGAGUCCUUACCUUUGAUGUCAUCUUCGCAGUGCAUCAUUCAAUAGCGGACGGCAGAAGCACUGCGGCUUUUCACACCAAACUCCUUAAUGAGUUGACCUGCCCCUCAGUGCGCCCGAUACAACUUUCCGACCAUGUUCUAAGCCUCCCGCCCAGCCAGCAGCUCAGUCCCCCCCUGGAAGAGGCGGUGGCUUUCAAACAGUCCUGGGGUUUUGUAUUGGGUACUCUUUUCAGAGAGCUCGGUCCCGCCUGGCUUUCAAGACCGUCGAAGGCAAUCCCAUGGACUGGAAAGCUAAUCACCCCCGAGCCCUUCCAAACAAACCUUCGCCUGAUUGUAGUUCCUGCGGAGGUGGCGCCAUCUGUUCUCGCUAUAUGCAGACAACACGGCACGACACUGACACCCUUGCUUCACUCGCUCGUACUGGCUUCUAUCGCCAAGCUUGUUCCCGCCAAAGAUGCCCAAGCAUUCUGCAGCUCGACACCAAUAGAUCUAAGGCCCUAUAUUUCAGACCAUUCACCAAGCGGAAAGCCUGGAGCUCUCUUUGGAGUUCUAGUUACCACCCAGGCGCAUCAUUUUGAGUCACAUGAGAUCCAUGGGGAUAGGGACGAGGACGAUAUUUGGAAGACCGCAGUCAGCCUAAGGGGUCGAAUGAAGAAACACCUAGAGACUGUGCCGAAGGACGAUAUCAUCAGUAUGCUGAGCUGGGUCACAGACUGGAGAAAAUAUUGGCUUUCAAAGAUCGGUAAACCGAGGGAAACGACAUGGGAGGUAUCUAACAUCGGGUCGAUUCACAGCAUCCCAGGUGGAAGCCAUCUCCAGCCAGGCUGGCAGAUCCGUCGCUCAAUCAUGUCUCAAGGAGCAAUGGUCGCAGGAGCCGCGAUAGGGGUCAACGUCGCCGGGGUUGCUGGUGGAGAUAUCUGUAUCAGCCUGAGCUGGCAAGAGGGAAUAGUCGAAACGGACUUGGUCGAGGGAAUGGUGCUAGACCUGCAGCGCUGGCUCGGUCAGUUGGGUCGCGGAGAGAAGCUUGCCUGGAAAUAG